UAAUUUUACUAAUAAAAUAAAAAAUUUUAUAGUUAUUCAUUACAAAUACUUUUUUAAAAAAUCUAUUAUUUAAAAUAAUUAUAAUUAUAAUAAACAAAUUAAUAUUGAAAUCAAAUCAUGAGUUUAAUACCCGGUCAUCGGCCAAAUGUUAUUCAAGUGGUGUCACCAAAACCCCGCAAAAGUAUUGGUAAAUCCAUUGGUAAUUACAAAAAGGAAAAGUCGGUUCAAUGGCAACGAGAAAUACAGAGAUACCAGCGCUCUGUUGAGUGUCUAAUACCGAGACUACCGUUUCAACGUCUGGUGCGCGACAUUGUUGUUGAAUGGUAUCCGGAGGCUAAUCUUCGUUGGCAGGCAUUGGCCAUUGAGGCCCUCCAGGAGGCGGCCGAAAACUUUUUGGUGACACUAUUCGAGGACGCAAACCUAUGCGCCAUUCAUGCCCGUCGGGUAACUAUUAUGCCGCGCGAUAUCUUUCUGGCCCGACGCGUGUCACGUGCGCUAAGAUAA